UAAUAAAUAAUGUAAAGAACAUUGUUGAUGCAUAAAAAUAGUUACACUAAAUUUAAAAAUAAUACAAAAUUGCCUCAAAGUGUUGCAAAAUAAAAUAAAUUACAAUGAUGAAAGUUAAAAGUCGUACAAUAUUAUGGCAUUUGGUAUUUUGGGGUUUUGUCAUAAAUUAUAUGUUUUGCAUAAAUCUGAAUAUAACAAUUGUUGAUAUGAUUGUUAUUAAGACUGACCCACAACAGCAACAAAAUCAACUGUCAAUAUCUGAAAUUUCAAAGAGAUCAAUUGAAAUUAAUGAAACAUCUAUUGAGCCAGAGAUAAAACCUGAAUUCGAAAAAUUCCAAUGGAAUGAAUAUCAGCAAGGCUUAAUAUUGGGUUCAUUUUAUUGGCUACACUGGAUGACCCAAUUGCCAGGUGGUAUAUUGGCCAAAAAGUAUGGCACCAAAUUGAUAUUUGGUCUCUCCAAUGUGAUCUGUUGUUGGAUGUGUUUCUUUAUACCAAUGGCUGCAUAUGGCAGCUUUAAGAUACUUAUUAUACUAAGGAUCAUACAGGGAGCAAUAGCGGGUUUAUGUUGGCCUGCCAUGCAUGUACUUAUUGCCAAAUGGAUACCGCCAAAUGAGCGUAGUAAAUUUGUUACCGCCUAUUUUGGCAGCUCAAUUGGUGUCGCCUUAUCCUAUCCAAUAUUUGCUUACGUUAUGCACUACAGUUCAUGGGAAUGGGUUUAUUAUAUUUGUGGUAUAGCCGGGACUAUUUGGUGGUUAGGAUGGCUGUUUAUGGUCUAUGAUAGUCCUUCGCAACAUCCUCGCAUUUCGAUAUCCGAAUUGCGGUAUAUAGAAAAAGCAUUGGGUUCUAGUGUUCAGCAAACAACGCAUAGAAUGCGUACACCUUGGAAGGACAUAUUUACCUCAAGACCUGUAUGGAUAAAUGCUACAGGCCAGUGGGCUGGUGUUUGGGGCCUAUUUACUCUGAUGACUCAGUCACCGACCUAUUUUAAGGUCAUACAUAAUUGGGAUAUAAGAGCAACUGGCAUAUUAUCUGGAAUACCUCAUAUACUACGAAUGUGUUUCGCUUAUGCUUUCUCUUUAUAUGCAGAUUAUUUGUUAAGAACAAAUAAAAUGGAAAGGACAACUUUAAGGAAAUUUGCCACAGCCAUAUGUGCCAUUGUUAUGGGUCUGGUAGUUUUAGCAUUGGCUUAUUUUGGCCGAAAUCGCAUCUAUGCUGUUGUCCUGAUAUCAUUGGCAACCAUGUUUCAGGGUGCUGGUUCCUCAGGCCCUUUGUCCUCUAUGAUUGAUAUAGCACCCAACUAUGCUGGAAUUAUUUGCGGUAUAUGCAGCACUAUUGGCUGUUUACCAGGUUUCAUAUCGGCUUAUCUAGUGGGUGUAUUAACAUUGGACAAUCAAACAUUUGAAGCCUGGACAAAUGUGUUUCUCAUUUGUGCUGUCAUGCUAAUUGGCUGUGGUGUUCUAUAUGUUCUCUUUGCUGAUUCCUCUGUCCAGAAAUGGAAUGAUUAUUCACAGCAUAAUGCCAUCAAGGAUGUGCAAUUGUUGGAGAAGAAUGAAAUUGUUAAAGAAAAUGGUUUUGGUACUUAAAGUCAUUUUAAAGAGGCUGUUUGUUGAUAUUAUGUUUAAGUAUUUAUUGUUGUUAAAUUAAACAAGUAAGAAAGCUAUAUUCUUAUCUUA